AGUGUCUGCAAACAACUUCACGGGGCAUAAAAGAAAAAGGAAAGUGCCUUGUCUCAGAACAACCUCUUCGCACAGGACUUGUCCCAACAGAAUAAGCCAAAACAAACAUUCACAUCAACCAUGCGAGGCACAUCUUUUUCCCAGAAGACUUUGUCAGUCAGUGGCUCCAGCAGGAUGCGUGUUCAGAGCCCAUCUCCCUCACGCUGUGGAGGGGCAGGUUUCCGUUCCACCUCUACUGACUCCCACAGAGGAGCCUCUUACGGUGCUACCCCUCGAGGCCGCUCAGGCUUCCAGGGCUCCGCAGUUGAAGUUGGUACAGAAAUCCACCGGGCCAACGAGAAAGAGGAGAUGCAGGAGCUGAAUGUCCGAUUCGCCAGCUACAUUGAGAAGGUACAGAACCUAGAGCAAAGGAACGCUGCCCUACAGGCGGAGCUGGCAGACCUGCAGGCCCGAUUCAAGAGGGGCCCGACUGGCAUUGGAGAGGAGUAUGAGCUGCAUUUUAAGGAAAUUAAGGACCUAAUAGAGUUGCUGACAAAACAGAAGGGAGCAGCUGACAUUGACAGGGGCUAUAUCGAGGAGGAGAUUGAGGCAUGGAGGCUGAAGUGUGAAGAGGAGCUGGAACUCAAGGAGGAGGCAGAGAUGGUCCUCCGACAGUUCCGCCAGGAUGUGGACAAUGGCACCUUACAGAAAGCUGAGCUGGAGAAGCAGGUUGAGCAGUUGAUGGCAGAAAUUGAGUUCCUGAAGAAACUGCACAAUGAGGAGGUAGCUGACCUCCUGAAGCAGAUUGAAGACAGCAAGGUGACCAUAGAACUGGAUGCAAGCCGCCCCGACCUGGCAGCCUACUUACGUAGGGUCCGAGCUGAGAUCGAGCAGGUCUCCGCCAAGAAUGUCCAGGAGGCCGAGCAGUGGUACAAGGGCAAGUUUGACACCCUGAAGGAGCAUGCUUCCAAGCAUGAGGAGCAAAUAAAGUCCAUUAAAGAAGAAAUCACCAUCUUCCAGUCCCAAGCCACAGACCUGCAAAACAAAAUUGAUGAACUGAGACGUCGCAACAGUGUCCUAGAGCAGCAACUAGAGGGUAUGGAAGCAAAUCAUCUGGAAAGGGUGGCCAGCUUGCAGGACAUCAUUGCCCAGCUCGAGUGCCAGCUGAGGGAGACCAAGUCUGAGAUGGCGAAAUACAUGCAGGACUACCAGAAUCUUCUCCACAUCAAACUGAAACUAGAUGCAGAGAUCGCCACCUAUAGGAAACUGCUGGAAAGAGAGGAGCAAAGGCUGGGGAUUUCUUCAGAGAGUGCCUCAGCUCAAGCAGUAAUAAAGGAAGAGAGAACCACCUCGGUUACACGUAAAGUGGAAACCCACAUGGCUACUAAGGUGACAGCCUGAGACCCGACAAACUUACAGCCAACAACAAAUGAAACCUCAAUAGAUUUUGUCAUUACUCCCUAGAUGCAGAGGAUGUGCAAAAUUGUUGUAAAAAUGUGAUGUCUUGUAAUGAAAACCCAUACUCCCUAAUGCAACCAAAACGACGUGAACGUUUACAUGCAUGUACCCAGUACUAGAGUGCAAUCUCUUAAUAAAGCUUGA